AUGCUGUUUGACAACAAGACGGCGUCGCUGUGGAUCACCCACGGCUACGCGUAUGAGGCUGCCGUCUCUAACCCGUACUACAUCUCCAACACGUGGCGGUACUCGAUCGAGGGUGGCGCGUGGGUCCGGGUCCAGCCGUCACCCGAGCUGAUCGAGGAACGGCGGCGCAAAGUUGGACCGCCGUCGCCGUCGCCGGCGCAGGUCGCAGCGCUCAAGGCGUCGUCGGCUGAUGGGGUGCCCGAGGCGCGAAUGGCAGCGACGCUGACCCACAUUCCGGGCGAGGACGUUUGGCUGUUCUUUGGCGGUGACGACGGUGGGGCGCGGGCAUCGAUCCGGGCGUACGACGCGCGUGCGCUGUUCUCGGACGUGUGGAUGUUUGUCAUCUCGGACGACGGGAGCCAAUUUGCAUGGGAGCAUCUGGAGGGCGAGCCCGGGCCCAAGCUCCGGCACCACGCGGCGGCCGGCGUCGAUGGUGCAAUGUACGUCUUUGGCGGCCUCGCGUUUGACGAGGCGCAGGUCCAGGCUGGCGCUGCGGCCGGCCUCAACGGCAACGCUGUGCCACAAGCUGAUUUGUGGCGAUACGAGGUGGCAAGCCGCAAGUGGACGCUGCUCGAGUGCGCGGCGGCGACGGCGCCGGCGGCGCGCUUCGGCCACUCGCUUGUCGCCGGCCGCGACGGGAGCCUGGUUCUGUUUGGCGGCAAGGCCGGCGGCGGCGGCGGGCUCUCGGACGACGUCCACAUCUUUGACAUCCAGAGUUGCAGCUGGCGGGUUGUGGCCGCGCCGGCGGAGCCGCGGCCGGCGGCCCGCUACUACCACCAAGCCGCGGUGUUGGGAUCGGCCAUGAUGGUGUUUGGUGGGGCCGACUGCGAGCCGGGCACGUGCACGUGCAUGGGCGACCUUUGGGCGUUUGACCUCGUGGGCGAAUCGUGGUCGCUGGUCGAGGCCGGCUCGCGCGACAAUCCCGAGGCAUCCGCCAAGCAGUGGAAGCGGGCUCGGGCCCGCGAGCCGGAGCGCUACCCGAUUGCGCGAUACCAGCACUCGAUGGUGGCGUCGGAUAACGCGCUCUAUGUCUUUGGCGGCGAGUCGUUCCGGCCGUACGCGUACUACGCCGACGUGUGGCAGUUUGCGUUCCGUAUCGUCUCCCGCGAGUCGCCGUCGCUCGUUCAGCACCCUAUCCUCGCCUUUACCUGCCUCUUGGCCGUCCUCGGCUAUCUUGUCCAUCUCCUCGCGGUGGGUGUCUCGCGGCAGCCAGCCGACCACUUGCAAUGAUGGCAUAAAGGCCCCGCUGCGAUA